CUCGCGUUCUCAUUCUAAUUCGCUCUCGCCUAAACUACAUCAAAAGAAAUUCAAAAUGGCAGGCAUACCUCCCAGCUCCCCACCGCUCGGCCACGGCUCAGACGAUGAGCGUAUGGGCAGCGACGCGUACAACACUCUUCCCGAGACACCGGCGCCAUUUUCGCCCCUGGCCAGACAAACUGGGCCAGCGCAGCGUGCAGCUCCGAUGGUGGGCAGCUCGUCGCCGCAGCUCGGAUUCAGUGACAUGCCUUCGACCGGCAUGCAGUUUGGGCUGAGCAGCCAGGCCAGCGUGCAGGUGCUGUCGUCACAACUGGGGGCGAUGGCGAUAGAGAGCCAGACACCGUCAGCGCACCGGCGCGGCGACCUGGGGUCGCGUGCGCACGCGCUGUCGUCGGAGCUGGGCUCGAUGGUGUCGUCGCAGGGCGUGCAGCCGCAGGAGAUCCGGACAAUCUGGGGCACGAUUGUGCAUGUGCGGGAUACAAUCCUGUCAGAGUCGGAGCGCAUGGAGCCGGUGUACCCGCAGAUGCUGCAGCGCAUGCACGAUUCGGAAAUUUUCCAGCUGAACCUGGAUGCGCAGAAUCUGCGGGCAUAUGCGCCAUCGCAAGCGCUGUACCGGCAGUUGGUGAACUACCCGGAGGAGGUGGUGCCGAUUAUGGACUACGUGCUGACGGAGUUGUUCCUGGAGCAGUUCCCAGAUGCGGAUCUAGCGCAGACGGACCUGAAGGUGCGGCCGUACAAUCUGUCGGUGACGACCAAUAUGCGCGAGUUGAACCCGUCGGACAUUGACAAGCUGGUGAGCGUGCGCGGGCUGCUGAUCCGCUCAUCGGCAGUGAUCCCUGAUAUGGAGCGGGCAUUCUUCCGCUGCCUGCAGUGCGACUGGACCACGACAGUCACCGAACCGACGCAAUGCGGCAACGCAGCGUGUCUGCAAAAGGACGCAAUCGAGCUGGUGCACAACAGGUGUACGUUUGCCGACAAGCAGCUGGCGCGGCUGCAGGAGACGCCCGAGGUGAUCCCGGACGGACAGACACCGCACACGGUGACGCUGGUGAUGCACGAUGAGCUGGUGGACGCCAGCAAGCCUGGCGACCGGCUCGAGAUCACUGGCGUCUACCGCGGCGUGCCGGUGCGCACCAACCCGCGCAACCGCACGGUGCAGGCCAUUUACCGCACAUACAUUGAUGUGGUGCAUGUGCGUCGGCUCGGCCGCAGCCGCGCGGUGGUUGACGUGCAGCGCGAUGUGGCGAUGGCCGAGGAGGGCAGCGGCGAGGCGCUGGCGUUCACCCAGUCGGAGGUGGAUGAGUUCCGGCGGUGGGCACGCGACCCGCGGCUGUUUGACAUUCUCAUCUACGAGAUGGAGGACGUCAAGCGCGGGCUGCUGCUGCAGCUGUUUGGCGGCGUGCGUAAGCAGUUUGCGCGGGCCGGGGCGCCGCGGUCACGUGGCGACAUCAACGUGCUGAUUGUGGGCGACCCGGUACAUGGGCUGGCGCCGCGCGGCAUCUACACGUCGGGCAAGGGCAGCUCUGCAACACGCGCCAGCUGGUGCUCGAGUCGGGUGCCCUGGUGCUCUCCGACGACGGCAUCUGCGCCAUCGACGAGUUCGACAAGAUGUCCGAGGCCACCCGGUCGACCAUGGACCGCCGCUUGGCCCGCCACAUUGUCGGCCGAGCCCAGCGCCGAGGACCUGCCGGUUGUGCCGACCGAGAAGCUGACGCGCUACAUUGCCUAUGCGCGCCGCCACGUGACUCCCCAGAUCACCGAUGCCGCCGCCGACGCCCUGGUGGCCGCAUAUGUGGACCUACGCCGCAUGGGCCGCGAUGCCUCGUCGACGACUGCCGGAGCAGUGGCCGGCGGCAAUGGACGCCUGGAGUCGAUGAUCCGCAUGGCCGAGGCCCACGCCAAGAUGCGCCUAUCGGACUCGGCAUCGCGGCUGAUGCGCGAGGCCCUGCGCGAGUCGGCCACCGAUCCGCGCACCGGCCUGAUUGACCUUGAUCUGCUGAACACGGGCUUUGCUGCCAGCGACCGCCGCCAGCUCGACUCGAUCAAGCGCGAGGCGCGCAAUAUGCUGGUAGGUGCGGCCCGUGCGUCCGUGGGCGCUGAGGGCGCGCUGCCGGAUGCCCCGCAUGCUGGCAAUAGCGCUACCUACCAGACGUGGCUGGAUCGUCCUGAACGCCCAGUCGCUGUGCGUGAGCUGCAGACUGAGGGCCUGGUCAACCUGGUCGGUACGGGUCGCAAUAUGCUGAUUGUCGUCAAGCAGAGCGCCUUGAACAACUAGUGGUUUUUCCUUUUUUUUGCAAGCUUUAAUAAUUCUUCUUUCUUUCGCUA